ACACAUGUCGACAAGUCAAGAGUUUGCUGUUACGCAAUCUUCAUCUUCGACCAGUUCAAUUACAUAAUAGGGUGUUUUGAUUUCGAAGAAAAUACUAAUAAUUAUAAAUUAGGCAAAAUUAGGUAUCUUUCUUAUUUUUAGACAUUUAAAAGUUUGAUUAAAAUAUAUUUUUGGUUAAUAGGGGAUUUUAUUUCUAAAUAUAAUGUAAUAUUCAUACAUUAUUUUGCAACGCACCCCUCCAUCUAGAAUGAAAUCAUCCAGGAUCCCUUGAGGAAUCCAUCAUUGAUUGCCGGGCAAGCAAGGCAAGCGUAAACUCAGGAGCAUUCCCCCCGAAAGUCUGGGGUAGGUUCACACAUUCUAUUCGAUCGUACAGUACAGCUAGUAACAGUCGCAUACUUUGAGCUUGUGAUCAUGGCGGGCAGAAAUCUUGGCAAACUUGUCCUACGAAAUUCGUCGCUUUUCCUGUGUGACAUGCAGGAAAAAUUUCGACCCACGAUUAAAUAUUUUCCAGAGAUUGUGGAGGUCUCAUCAAGACUGUUUCGAGCGGCUAGAAUACUUGAUAUUCCCGUAAUUGUGACAGAACAAUAUCCGAAAGGUCUUGGACCGACCGUUAAGGAGCUUGGCAUCAACCGUGAUGAGGUAGAUAUUUAUCCCAAGACACGCUUCACUAUGGUUCUACCUGAAGUAGAAGAAAAACUCAAGAAAAAUGAAACCAAGUCUGUAGUUCUCUGUGGAAUCGAGACACAGGUCUGUGUCCAGCAAACGACCCUUGACCUUUUAGCCAAAGGUUAUGAAGUUCAUGUCAUUGCCGAUGCUUGCUCUUCAAGGUCUCUGGUGGAUAGGAUGUAUGCCAUUGAAAGGCUGCGGAACUGUGGAGCUUUCAUCACAACCAGCGAAUCCAUCAUCCUUGAAAUGGUCAAGGACGCUGCUCAUCCAAACUUCAAAGAGAUCCAGAAGCUCAUCGCCACAUCCGCUCCAGAUUCGGGCCUCCUGAGCUGAAUGAGUCAAACUGAGUAGCCAAGUAUAAUCUUGGCGGAAGCUGCAGCUGUGAUUGUCUCUGAUUUUACAGCCGAUGAUAAAUCUUAUGCAGGAGACUUAAAAAAGUGACUGCGAAGCUUCCCCCUUGCAGCCAUUUUUCGUAGUCUUCCGCAUCAGACAUAUUAUUGAGUUGAAUGAAUGUAAGAGCAAAGAUAUAGCUGCAGAUUUGGGCCUUCUAAAGUGAACGGAUUAACCUGAUUAGCAUAUAAUCUUAGAGUCUGCAGCUAUUGUCUCUAAUUUCACAAGUCUGAUGAUGUUACGCAAAAAGUGAGCAAUACGUCUGAUGCAGAAGACUAUGAAAAGUGACUGCACUUCGCAGGCUCCAUUGUUUCAUAGUCUUGCAUGAGAAAUUUUGUUUACAUUUUAAUGUAAGAGCAAAGUUGUUAGCCUAUUGUUGGUUUGUUCAAAGUUAGACAGAGCUCUGAGACUCUGUGUAUUCUCUCCUUAUUUUUCUUAUAUUUUGACGUGGCUUUAUAUUGCAAAUAAUAAUAAUAAUAUAGAGUAUUUCUAAAGCGCCAAAUCCACAUUGAUUAUGUGCUCAAGGCGCUGAAAUAUACUUGGGAUAUUACUAUUACCCCGGCUGUAGCUGAGCGGCCAUAUAGGCGCAAAUGUGGACAUAUGACUGUGUAGCUGCAGACUUUACCUAGAUUAUUAUAGGCUAGAGGAAGCUAAAUUUGAAGUCGGUACUUUCAAGGAAUCAGAAUUGGCAAUCAUCACUUCUGGAGAGCAAAAUUAUGUUUGAUUUUUUAGUUUCAUAUGAAGAUAUAUGUAAGCUUUCCCGGCAAACCAUUCAAAUUAUAAGACAGAAAUGCAUAGAAAAGGGCCGGGGGUAUUUCACUAAGAUUUUACUAAAGUGUGACUGAAUGUCGAUCACACUAAAAUUCAGAGUUGCGUGCAGUAUAAACGGCAUCACCUCGUUGGUCAAAUCAUGGGAAGAUGACUCGUGCCACUGUGUAUUAAUCAAUAAGAUUGCACGUUACAAACUGUGCUUGCAUUGCCAUUUAGGCAUGACUUCAAGUCAUACUCUUUGUGAAACACCUCCCAGGUGACUAGAAUAGUAUGUCAUUGAUCAAGUUUGGAAUUUUGUUGUAUUGUCCAUCUUUGGCACAUUGAAUAUUGUGUGGGCUACUGUCAAACUCAAAUACCAAUGAUUAUGGACACUUUGUUCCUCUUCAGCUUAGAUGCAAUGAAAAGAAGAUUUUGAAAUGAAUACAUGAAUUAUCGUAAGAUACAAAAUUAUGCUUAUGUUAGUGAAUUUGAAAACCACCUUUAAUGGUUUAUCUCGAUGACAGGUUACUGCCCAUGCACAGUUUCGAAUUGUGAACAGGCUUAUAGCUGAUAAAUCAUAAAUAUAUCCACUACUGUAUGAUCUGUCAUGCGUGGCAAUCUUACCAAAAUGAAUUGGACAUGAAGCUAGACUGUACUUAAAAUUGCUUUUAUUUUAUACAUUAUAUCAGAUUGAUUUAUAAGGACUCUGGAUUUUCAAUUUUUUUAUUAGAUUAUACCAUAAAUAUUGUCCAGAAUAUAAGAUAUGCUGUGUGUUAUGCAUGCAGAGAAAAUUAUUUAAUUUAUUGCCUAACUUCAUGGCCAUUGUGUUUAUUUCAUACCUCUGUUGAUUAUUUAAAUUAAAAUAAAAUUUGUAAAUAAAUAGAUAUAUUUGAAUUGAUAAAGAAGUGGUUCAUUGUAUUUCUAUACUGUGGUAAGAAACGAAAGUUGAGUUAAGUUUUGUGAUCUUGGCGAAAUGAUAACUAAAUGUUUUCACCGCAAAAUGAAAUUGGAAAAUGAAACAAAAUAUGCAGCAGACAGGAUGAACAGAGGAUGAAUUACAG